AUGGCGUCCACGCGCGCGGCGACGCGAGGUGCGACGCGAGGUGCGACGCGAGGUGCGAUCGGGGGACGCGCGCGGACGGCGCGACGGGUGACUCAGCUCAUCCGCGCGCGCGGAGCGGAGGCCGAGACGUUCGCAAAGUCGUCGGAUCCGGGCGUUUCGUUCGUUGGACGCGGCGCACGUGCGGUGGGCGCGCGAUCGGUGCGCGCGCGCGCGCGUCGGGGACGGACCGUGGCGCGAUCGACGGCGACGGCGAGCGGCGAGGCGGAUGCGGGCGCGGCGCCGAGCGCGUUUCUCGUCGGCAUCGGCUGGUUCUUCGCCCAUCAGCUCAUCGGUGUCGGGAACGAUGUCAUCAUGAAGUACACCGGAUCGAACCUCGGGGUGGCGCAGGUUGUGUUUUUGAGGUUCCUGUUCGCCACGCUCACCAUGGUGCCGGUGAUGGUCGCGAUGGGGAAGGAGUCGUGGAAGACGGAUAGAGUGCCACUGCACAUCGCACGCUCGGCCCUCCUCGCAGGAGGCAUCUUUAUGUACGUCAAGGGAUUGACCAUCGCCCCGAUCGCGGUGGUGACAACGCUGAACUUUACUAUUCCGCUGUUCACGCUCGUGCUCGCGCGCAUCUUUCUCAAGGAAACGGUUGACGCGACGCGUUGGAUCGGCACCCUCGUCGGUUUCGCCGGUGUCACGAUCGUGAUGCAGCCCGGUGGGGCCGUUUUCAACCCGAUGUGGCUCGUGGUCUUGCUCAGCGCGACCAUGUUCGCCUCGCUUGAUGUGUUGAACAAGGUGUUCAUCGGCAAGGAGAGCUUCUGGGCGAUGAUCUUCUAUACCGCCCUGUUCACGACGUGCAUCGUGGCCUACCCAGCGCUCACGUCCUGGGUCGCCCCAACGAUGACGCAGUACGGUUUGAUGGCCAUCCUCGGCGCGGGCGCGAACGGAUUGCUGUACUGCCUGCUAAAAUCGUUCAGCAUGGUGGACGCAAGCGCGUUGGCGCCGUUCCGCUACACCGAGCUCAUCCUGUCUGCGGGCGUCGGAUUCCUCUUGUUCGGCGAGGUCCCGGCGAUGUCAACGUUUCUCGGCGCGUGCGUCAUCAUCCCGAGCACGCUCUACGUCGUGUGGAAGGAGAAUCAGAAAUCCUAA